AUGACCAUAGUCUCGAAUGAUCCCACUUGGUGGCCGGCCAUUAAUUCGAAUCGUGUUUUAAGCUAUUUUAUAGUUGCCGCCUCUGUUGGAUUAAUGUAUGAUUGGGCACUUACAUUAGGACAAGAGGUAGAAUUGGUCUGGAGGCAACGCUGGUCCCUGAUGACAGGUAUAUAUCUCGGUGUGCGCUACCUUGGAUUAUUAUAUGCUGUCCUGACCAUGCUGAGGAGUGUUACGACCAUCGCACUGAUAGAUACAGAGUUAGUAUGCUUCUUUAAUAACUUCUUGGUUCACUCAGGACUGUCACGCUAUACUACCACAGUUGUGAGCUGGAUUAUGUCCGUUAUACGGAAUUGGACAAUUGUUGUAGUAUUUGUUAUGCUGUGGGUCAUCAUCAUCACUCGGUUGUAUGCCAUGUAUCAACGAUCCAGAAAGGUCCUGAUAUUUCUCAUUGUCACCUUCCUGGCUGACAACAUCUUCAUUGGAGUGGUAUCUGUACUGCAAACGAUGAAUACUUCAGGGGAGGAACUUAUUCUCUCCGGCACCUAUCAGUGCUCGAUUAGCUUUGCGGAAGAUACCAUACUUCUGAGUUCCAUUACUUGGAUACUCAGCACCGUGUGGGAGGUCAUCAUAUUAUGUCUCGCAAUCUGGAUUGCUGUCAAACACUUCCGUGAACUGCGACGACAUUCGGCAGGAGGGAUUAUCGGGGACUGCUUCGCGGUGUUGAUUCAAACUCACAUGCUUUACUUUGCGAGCUUUGUUGCCGUUUCUUGCUUCACCCUCGUUAUUGAUUUCUUUCCAACAAUCCCAACGGAACCAUAUUCCCUAGCAAUUCAGAUUUGUUAUGGGUUCCUUCAAAUUUUGGAGGUCGUGCAGAUGUUUGUGCUAGGACCCCGCUUGAUCCUUAGCGUUCGAGAAUAUCACGCCAAGCUCGUGGCCGAUUCCGACGCAGCAACCGGCAUGACCUCAAUCGCUUUCCAAGAGCGUGUGCAUAUAUCGACUGGCAAUAGCGUAUAA